AUGUCACAAGCACUCAGACCCAGACCUCCGUUUGGGAGCCUCCCUCUCCGUACAGGUGAUCCACCGUUUUCGGCCUGGGGUCUCUACGGGGACGACGACCAGCUUGGGGCUUUGAAUCUGCUCACUGCCGAGAAUACUCUGGCUGCUGCCAAAAGCGAGAUUCGCACGGGCGUCCGUCUGUCUCUGGACCCGCCAAUCGAUGUGCUCCUUGUCCCAGGCUCUGAGCGCUCCAAAUUCAAGCAGACAAUUUAUCGUCGCGGAGGACGACCGGUACAUGAUGACAUCGUAGAGUUCAACACCCAGAUAGGUGCCCAAUGGGAUGGCUUCAGACACGUAUCUUACAUCAAAUUGGCAAAGUUUUAUAAUGGAACAUCUGUCGACGACAUUUCCGGUCCCAACGCCCACCCUACUGUCCUUGGAACAGACGCAUGGGUGAGGAACGGGGCCAUCGCUGGGCGUGGAGUCUUGCUUGACUACUAUUCCUGGUCUCAGGCUCAGGGCAAACAGUAUGAUUUGAUCGGCGACACUGCCGACCACGCAAUCCCCGUGGAAGAGCUGCAAGCGUGUGCAGCCGCACAAGGCGUCGAGAUCCGGCAGGGUGAUCUCCUGUUUGUCCGUUCGGGGUUCUGGGUGGGAUACAACGCUCUGUCGGAUGCGGAAAAGAUCGCAUGGAGCAAUCAAAAGUCCCCGAUCUGGGUAGGUGUUGAAACUUCGGCCAAGAUGGCGAAGUGGCUGUGGGAUAGCGGCAUUGUGGCAGGAGCAGGCGAUGCUCCGGGAUGGGAGCGGAUACCCAACUACAACUCGCCCCCAGAGGCUGGGCUCCAAGGCUGGUCGUUGCAUGAGAUCAUGUUGUCAGGCUGGGGAAUGCCUAUCGAAUAA